AUGGUGUCAGGGCUGCAGAGAGAAAGACGUGUUGGAACCCUCCUGACUGUGAGGACGUGUUGGAACUGUGUGGACGUGUUGGAACCCUCUGACUGUGUGGACGUGUUGGAACCCUCUGACUGGGACGUGUUGGACUGUGAGGACGUGUUGGAACCCUCUGACUGUGAGGACGUGUUGGAACCCUCUGACUGUGAGGAGGUGUUGGAACCCUCUGACUGUGAGGACGUGUUGGAACCCUCUGACUCAGGAUCACACUGGGAGCUUCCAAAACAGCCUCCGGUCCCGUUCCCCGGUGAUCUGGCCUCCUUUUGUGCCAUCCUCUCACCGCCAUCGCUGCCGGGAGCUAAUAAGCGGCGGCGGCGGCGUCAGUGUCGGAUUCACACCCCUGAUGAGAAGGAGGAGGAGGAAGAUGAGGAAGAGGAGGAGGAAGAAGAGGAAGAGGAUGAAAGGGGGGAAGAGGAGGAGGGGGAGGAAGAGGGGGAAGAGGACGAGGAGGGGGAAGAGGAGGAGGGGGAGGAAGAGGAAGAGGAAGAGGAGGAGGAGGAGGGAGAGGAGGAGGAAGAGGGAGAGGAGGAGGAGGAGGGAGAGGAGGAGGAAGAGGGAGAGGAGGAGGAAGAGGGAGAGGAGGAGGAUGAGGAAGAGGAGGAGGAGGAGGAUGAGGAAGAGGAGGGAUAA